CCCAGAAGUCCAUGCGGCUCACACGAGUAGUUGGGUUGUGACGACCUUGGGUUCGGCGUUUCAGCAGCAUGGCGGGCAAGGAACCUAAUCGCUUGGUCCAGCACUUGAGGGAUUUGGCUGGACGCAUGUCCUCAUCUGGCGGCAGAGGUGCGGGACUGGGUUUGAAGCUACUUAUUGGAGCUGGUGCCUUAGCCUAUGGCGUCAAAGAGGCUACUUAUACAGUGGAAGGUGGUCACAGAGCCAUCAUUUUCAACAGAAUCGGAGGCAUGCAGAUGGACACAGUUUUGGCUGAAGGGCUUCACUUCAGGAUCCCUUGGUUCCAGUACCCGAUAAUCUAUGACAUCAGAGCCAAACCCAGAAAGAUAUCCUCUUUGACUGGCAGCAAAGAUCUACAGAUGGUGAACAUCGCGGUGCGUGUUCUGUCUAGGCCCAUGGCCUCAAACCUUCCAGUCAUGUAUCAGCAACUGGGGAAAGACUAUGACGAGCGAGUCCUUCCCUCCAUUGUCAAUGAGGUCCUCAAGUCAGUUGUUGCAAAGUUCAACGCCUCUCAGCUCAUCACCCAGAGAGCACAGGUGUCGCUGUUAGUGCGCAGAGAGCUCUUUGAGCGAGCCAAAGACUUUAACAUCAUUCUUGAUGAUGUGGCCAUCACUGAGCUGAGCUUCAGCAGUCAGUACACUGCUGCUGUUGAGGCUAAACAAGUUGCCCAGCAGGAGGCACAGCGAGCCCAGUUUUAUGUGGAAAAGGCCAAACAGGACCAGAGACAGAAGAUCAUCCAGGCUGAGGGAGAAGCUGAAGCUGCCAAAAUGUUAGGGCAAGCAGUCACGAAAAACCCAGGAUACCUGAAGCUGAGGCGGAUCAGAGCAGCCCAGAACAUUGCUAAAACAGUGUCAACAUCUCAGAACAAGGUGUAUCUUAAUGCUGACAGUCUGGUGCUCAAUCUACAAGACCAGAUCUCUUUUAACAACUUGUCUUUGGGCUCGAAGAAGUAAUGAAGAGGAGUGAGAAGAAGCAGUUGAACUGUCGUUGCUCUUAGCUUCAUGUCCACAGACUGUUUCAUUGUCGCCUGUGUCAGGAACAAUCAGCAGCCAUGAAUGUGGAUGCCCACAAAGAAGCCAUUCAUUUCUCUCUUUUCUUUAAGCCCCCUCAUCAACGGAUUAUUCUGAAGAUGUCUCAUUGACAAAAAGUGAAUUGAAGUGAAACAAUGUUAUUCCUACGUAGAUGAAGAACUGAAAAUGAUUUGUUGCUUGCAAAUGAACAGUAAAACCUUGUCAUGGUCAGUUUCAAAACGUCUUUGCCAUUUUCUCCUGUCAGCGGAGCCACUAUCUGAAAUUAUUCAGUCGGAUGAAACUGUAGUGUGCUACAAAUACAUCCACUUCAUAUAAGCACUCUGCUUUUAUCAUGUCACACACUGUGCUAUGACGGUACCAUGACAGAUCCCCACACUUCCACCAGUCCAAUCUAGUAUGCCAAGUAUAUCUGCUGGUAAAGGCCGCUAAUAUAUCAAGUAAUAAACUUCUAU